CCGUGCCGAGUCCUACCGCACUUCGCGCAGUCCUAACGGGUCCGAAGGCGCCAAGCCCAAUCCGGCACCUCCCGUCCUCCGCGCCUUCUCCGCAAAAGUUCCAUUCUCGUCGCAUCGCAUCGCAACUUUUCCCGUCGCGUGCAACACCCCCACCAACCGGCCCAUUCCGCACAUACACCAUGUCUUUCACACCACCGGGAAUGAACCCCAACGCGGGGAUGUCGGAGCAGGAGGCGCAGAUGGUGAAGAUGAUGCAAGCAUCGAUGGAGAGCUGUGUGGGGAAGACGGUGAUGGCGGGUGUUAUGGGUGGAGGCCUGGGUGCGAUGUUCGGACUGUUCAUGUCGUCGAUGCGCUACGACACGCCCAUGUCACAGCCCCUCGCAGUCCCCAACGCCCCCGCCCCAGUCGCCGCCGCAGCAGCAGCAACAAACGCAACCUCGACCGCCGCCGCAGGCGCAAAACCCACGCCCGCACCGACGCCUGCCGCCGCAUCAGCCGUCUCCUCAACCGCGACAUCCACCGCCUCCACAACCGUCACACAUCCCUCGUUUGCCGGCCAAAUGGUCCAAACGCCCGCCGGCAGCGUCCCCCUCACCGACCUGCCCCUACGCCAACAGCUCAAACACGGUCUCCGCGACAUGUAUCGCAGCUCCCUCUCUUCUGGAAAAAACUUCGCCAAAGUGGGUGCCAUUUUCAGCGGGACCGAGUGCGCGAUCGAAGGGCUCCGCGCGAAGAACGAUCUAUGGAACGGUGUUGCGGGCGGGUGUUUGACGGGGGGUGUGCUGGCGCGGAACGCAGGGCCGCAGGCGGCGGCGGUGGGGUGUGCGGGGUUUGCCGUGUUCAGCGCGGCGAUCGAUGCUUAUAUGAGAAUGCCCGAAGACGAGCGGAGUCGGCCGAUUGCGUAGAAAGGGCAAAGGAUGUCACGACAACGCCCGUUGAAGGAGCGGUCGACCAGGGGGAGUGAGGGGUUGAUCGACGGAUGGAUAGGUGGACGGCCACGAUAUUUGUACUAUAUGUUGUACAGUGUGUGUUUUCGAGAUGUCGCUGGAUAGACUAGCAUUGGGCGGCGUCAUGGGGUAAAUCUCAUCAUGCGGGUUCGACAGAACCUUGCGUUGCUUCCUGUAUUUAUGCCAUCUGAAGAGGUCUAUGGAAUAAUAAAAGAGAGCAGACCUUGGUUAUGAGAAUACGAUGACUAUACUCG